UUAGUUCGUGAUGAAAUAGAAAAAAAAAUGUCGUAUCAAGACAUAAUAAAUUUAGUAAAAGAUAAAGAUGAGCUACUUUUACGGACUGAAACAUUCAAUGUUAUCAAAUUACUAAUCAAAAAAGAAAACGAAAUAUUCAACCAUGAAGAAAAAUACAACGUUUUCUUCGAUACCCUCAUAUCCCUUGUGGCUGAAAGCAUAGCACAAAUUCCAUCAUCAGUUUCACAGUCAAAGCUGUUAACGUUGCUUGAGGCCACUCAGAUAAUCAUUCGAUACAUCAUUAAAAGAUUUGAAAGCACAAAUGCUCCAAUAAUUCUUCUCAAAGCUUUAAAAUCUCUUUGCGACGCCAAUUCUGGUCUCGAGAAUCUUCAAGCGUAUGCAUCAAUUAAAUAUCUGAAAUAUCCGGAAGUGUCAAAAACAAAUGGCUCAGGAUCAGACAAAGACAACAGCCCAAAAUCAGAGGUGAAAAGAUCUCGCUCUGAACUGUCGAUUGUCAUUAUGCAGCAGCUUUCUCAGCCAUUGUCUCAAGGAACUGUUCCAUUGACAAAUUUUAGUGAAACUCAGUUUGAUUUCACUGAACUCUUCAAGAAAGAAGUGAUGGAUCUUCUAAAGUCAUUAAAUGCUAGUGAAGUUUUCCUUAAAUGGAGUAUUAACGCAAUUCCAAUCAUUUCACCAGCGUAUUCUCUCAAAUAUGAAAAUUCUUUAUUGUUGAAACAGAAAUCACUACAUUUGCCGCAAACUCAAAGUGAAGCUAAUUCUGUUAAACAAUGUUUGAAGCAAAUCGACGUGGACAUCAAUAACAUUCUUUGUAUGUUGCAAUUGCCUGUCAUGGAUCCAUUAAAUGUUGUGAAGAUACGUCAAUUGUCGCAAUUAUCAAUGUCAGCACUUUAUUGUUGCAUUAUUACUUCAGUUGCACAUAGUUUGAGCUCAACUGCACCCAGCUCUGCAAGCACACAAACAGUAGCAACUAAAAAUGUUUCUGCAUCGACACAACAAUCGUCAAGUUCUUCAGUUUCUCAUAACAAAGAAUCGACAAAUGUUGCGGCAACUGAACAAGAUCCAUACGAAGAAGUGUCACGAAACAUCGUCAACAACUCUUUGGAAAUCUUUAAAAUUAUCAGCGAAAUUUAUAAAAAAUCGACUCAAAAUCACAUUUAUCAGAAUCAUUUGUGCAUGGGCGCUUGGAUGUUGUUGACUGGAAUUCAAGGAGCGAUGAGUGUUUCAAGUGGUUCACAGAAAUCAAUUGGACAACUACAAACAACACCAGAAGAAUUUACAAGAAAUAAAAGUCCAUCGAAGCAUCCAGAAAGUUCCACAACAUCAACACCACAACCGAGAGUGAAUCUUUUCAAAGUUCAACAAAGUUUUGGAGUGUUGAGUGCAGCUAUCGCUAAACAAAGCAUUCUCUUGCUAGAGUUACUUCUCAACGAACUUAAAAUUGAUUGCGCUAAUGGUCUCGACUCUAAAUACAAUGACGAUGUUUUGAUUGGUCAACAACAACAGCAAAUAUUUACAGAACUCGUGAAUUUUAAUAUUCUUAAGAAUUACACGUCGAUGGAUCGAAUUAUUUGCGUAUUUGAAGGAACGACAAUUCAACAAUUGAAGACCUUCCUUGCUACAAUUGCUUAUCGCAAAGGAUGUUCAUUAAAGCACCUGACAGAGUUUGGUGGUGAGCAAUUAAGUUACAGCGAUUCAACAACUUACUUCAAUGACACAUUGUCAUGUUCUGAAGAUGAAUCCGAUACGGAAGAAGAGGAAGAAGUUGGAGAUUCAGAGGAAGAAGAAGAUAGUGAAGGAUAUUUAGGAUCGUGGUUGAAGGAAGCUUUGUCACCAGAAGGAAAUGAAACUGAAAAAGAUAAAAAUGAUAAACAAAAACAAGAAGACAAUCAAAAGUCAGCUUCUAAUGUGACACCAGCUAAAGAUGAACCACAUGAAUAUCUUGAGUUAGCUUCACAAAUCUUUCAAUUCUUAGACACAAAACUUGGCGAUCCCGAGAACAAAUUCUUAAUCAAAUACAUUCGUCAUGGAUUGAGUGAACAACAAAUGGUUUUACUUGCAACCAUUCUUAAGGAUCUCGAUUCAGAUGUUCAAAUGGGAGUUAAUAAUAAUCCACCAACAGUGACAAUCACAUCAUCGAAUGCUGUGUCAAAUGACGCUGCAAAUGUUGCAAUUCAAUGGCGAACUUCGAUGGUGAAAUUCUCGAGUUCAAUUGGCAAAUACAUGCACAACAUGAUAUCAAAUUCAUUGCUUAGUGAAUCACUUCAGUCAUUGCUUCUUCAAAAUCUUGGCGUUUCGCCAUGGUCAACAGAAACCAACACUUGGCCUUUGGAAGCAUAUUCGAGGAUUCUCGCUGUUGUUGUUCAGAUUCUUCUGUUAAAACCAAGUCAAGAGAAAGAAGCCGCGUGCUUGUCAGUUUGGCAUCGUCUUGUUAACACUUUAGUUGAAGGUGUUUGUGGUGCAAAUUCGAGUCAGUUUGAUGAAUAUGAAGAUCUUAACGUUGAACAUGCUCAAUUGCUGCUUUUCCUCUUCCACUCGCUUAACUUGAUGCAAAAGAAAUCAAUUUUGUUGCUUGUUGCUGGUGGUGUCAUAAGAUGUGCUGAAGUUUGUCGAAUGGUCACACCGGAAAAGCCACUAAGAGACAAUCAAUUGAUGUUGUUAUCAAGAUUGCUUCUGUUUCUCGAGUAUUUGAUGAAACAUCUUUACAGCCCUCCAAACAUUCUUCUCGAACAAGUCAGUUGGAAUCUUUUCAGUAUUUUCUCAAUGGAUUCAGAAGAGAAAUCUGCUGGCUUUAUGACUUACAAGACCAAAAUGAUGUCGUUUUAUCGUAAAGACAUCGAAGAUAAAUAUCGAAAGUUGUCAACAGUUCAUGAUGGAAUAACAAUCAAACCGAAGCUUUAUUCGCUAACAGUGAUUGAUCCAUCGAAACAAAAUGAAUUUAAGCUUGAUGGACUUGCAUGGAACUUUAUUUUAUGCACACCUGAUAAGGUCAAAUAUCCAUUGCUGAUUGAUUCUCUUGUCAGCAUUUUAAACAUCACUGACAUGAGCACAGGAAAAAUUCCACAUCAUUCUCAAUUCUCGAUUUAUUAUUGCUUCAGUUUAGCGUGGAAACUUUUACUCGGAUUGCCACCUUCAACUUCACAUGUUGAGAAUUUAAUUGGACUUGAUGACAAACAAGUAAAUCUUCACACAUUAUUAUGGUCAACCAGAUGUUUGAAGCCAGUUUCCAGCAAUGUUCAUUCACAUAACUUGAUUGUUGAUUGUCUCAUUCGACAAGGAAUGUACACGCAAGCUGCCGAGACAAUGUGGUUUAAUUUAACAGAGAAACUUAAUGAUUGUAAUCACAUUUUAACACUUGCAAAGUUUGGAUUGGAAUCUUUUCUGCAAUCUUUUCAAAGUCAGUCGCCACGUUUAUCAAAAAUUAUUCUUCUUGACAGUUUAAUGUCGCAUCUUUAUAAUUAUCAGACAUUAGUGGCAAAUGGUGAAGCUGGAAAGAAUGACGAAGCGUCCAAUGACACGCCACCAACACGAAUAAUUGAUGAAAGUUUGUGCAAGACGCUGAUUGAGAAGUUGGUGCAAACAGCAGAGAUUCUGAUGAAUGUUUUUAACAAAACAAUGACACAAAAUCUAAGUGGACAAACGCCACAAAAGAUCAUCGACUCGAUCAUUGCAAUUUCGGGUACAAAAAGCAGCUUGUCAUGUGAUUUAGCACAAAAUCUCGUUCUUUCUAUACAAUCAGCUGAUAAAGAAGUGUUGACGAUUGAAUGGAAACGUCCACUGAAUUUAAGUGAAGAAUCGACAAACAAUCACCCAGAACAAGGAACUUUGAACAUUGUUGAAGCGCAUCUUGCAGAAAUUUAUCGUCAUCAAAAUUAUUCAAUGCUUUUAUCAUUGAAAAGUGUCAUUCGAAGUGUUAUUAAUUGGAUUAAUUACAUUCUACCGAAUUACGACGAUACAAAACUUGAUAAUCGUGCGUUGGAUCUUCUCGUUCCGAUGCUUUUCGAUCUUCGAACUGAAUAUCUUUACGAUUCACUCAACAAAUGCUUAGAAACUUUAUUGAUAUGCGACACAAGUUCAGAAGUUUAUCAAUUGCUUGCUUAUCGUCAUUUACUCACUCACAGCUAUUCAAUUCUUAUCGAGUAUUGCGAAUUGAAUGUGACAAAUGCUGGAAAGUCGAUAAAUGUUGACGAAUCAAUUGUUCAUGACAUUAUUCGAUUCUGGGAGAAUGUCAUGGAGAAAUCAAAUGGAUUGAAAGCGAUGCGUGAAUUCUUUUACGAGACAAAAAGUGGAAGUUUAGUGAACAUUCUCUUGUCAUUCACUGGAACGAAUUUAUCACAACAAUACAGUCAUCGAGUGUUGAAAUUCUUUGAGAAACUCUUUCAAAUAUCCGAAAACAUGGAUUCGUCGUUUUCAAUUGAUGAAGUUUGCAGUUCAUUAGGUGAGUUGGGAGCAGUUGACAAUGUUCGUCUUCGUAAUUGGUUGAGUCACAUUCUUCUGGGACCGAAAGGAUUGUCAGUUGAAGGCGCAGUUUCAAGUGCAAACUCGAGUAAUGUUCCAACGCCAACAAAUCUUGGCGGCACGCAAUCAUCAGCUGCACCGUCACUUCCAAUUGAUAAGAAUCGUUCAGUUGUUGAAACGGCUGAAGCUAUGGAAGUUGAUGAAGAAUGUAGUCGAGUUGGUGGAUUGCCUUCAGUUAUUUGGACGCCAGUUGCGUUAACAUCGACAACAAACGAUCAAGCGAUUGGUGGUGCACCAGAAACAAACGAGAAUAACGGAAAACUUCUUCAGACACUCACCAAAUAUCUCGUCGCUGAAAAUCGAGUAUCGUCAGCUGUUUCGCAAGGAUUAUUUCAAGCGAUGGUUCAACUGGGAAAUAAUUUAUUAACAACUUCGAUGGUUCCUGAAUCAGUUUUAAGUGACUUUACAUCGUUACUUCAAGUUAUGAUUACUUUAGCUGACGCUGAUCAAGGACGUGGACAUUCAAUUUUAUUCACUUCAGCAGUUGAAUGGCUGGAAAUAUGCAAAAAUCGCGUUCUUGAUAAAUACAGCAACAAAAACCAAGCAAUUGUCUUCAACACAAAUGCAAAUGUCGCUGCAAAGAUUCAACUUGAAAAUGCAACUUCUUUGUUGAAAUAUCUCAGUGAUUUGCUGAUUGGUUUGAAUGGUCAACAACGUCCUAUUUCAACAGCUUGGGAAGAUGACAUCACGUUUGAUAUUGAAGAUAUUAUCGCAAAUGAUCCAUCAGCUGGCACUUCAUCAUCUUCUUCUGGUAAUGUUGCAACGAGUGUUGAAGAUGAUUCUGAAGCAGCUGACGAUUCUGAUGAAGAUGCUUCUAACAGUAAACUUUGCACAUUUACAAUCACGCAGAAGAACUUCAUGAACCAACAUUGGUAUUGGUGCUACACUUGCAAGAUGGUUGAUGAUAAAGGAUGCUGUUCAGUUUGUGCUCGUGUUUGUCACAAGAAUCAUGACGUUUGUUAUGCAAAGUUUGGAAAUUUCUAUUGUGAUUGUGGAGCGAAGGAAGAUGGAUCGUGUCAAGCGAUGAGUCUUCUUGAUAAUUCGUCAUCAGCAGCAGCAAGUAACAUUUCAACGAUUGAUAAUCAUGGAGAAAUUUUAGUGAGCUCACUUAAACGUCAAACAUCAUCAUCAGCAGUGACAUCAACAACUCCAGCGACAUAUCCAAACAAUGAAUUCUUCAAUAAUCUCAUCAGUCACAAGCAAGUCUUUGCAAAGGUCAUUGACGGAUCAAAAGAUCAAUUAAGUAAUCAAGAAAUGUGGCGAAAUGUUUUAAAAUGUUUGUUGAACUUUUGUUCAAGUCUCAUGCCAAUUGUUAAAGAGAAUUGUGCGAAAUUCUCAACUGUUGGUUGUCAUUUACGUGCAAAGAAUGCUUUGGAUCGUUUACACCAACCCGAGAAAGCUUUCAGUUAUAGUGAACAAAUAAUGAUUGCGACGCUUGGAUCACAAGAAGGCGCUUUUGAGAAUGUUCGGAUGAAUUAUUCUGGUGAUCAAGGACACAUAAUUCGUCAACUUUUAUCAGCAAAUCUCAUUCGUCGUGUUGCUUUAUGCUGCUUAGCAUCACCACAAGGAAAACGUCAACAUCUUGCAGUUUCGCAUGAGAAGGGAAAAGUCACAAUUCUUCAAUUGUCAGCUUUGUUGAAACAAGCUGACGCUGCAAAGAAGAAGCUCACAUUAACGAGAUUGUCAUCAGUUCCAAUCACUUGCAUGGUGUUGUCACUCGUUGCAAAUCCAGCAAAUGAAGAUUUUCUUGCUGUUUGUGGUCUUCGUGAAUGUCACGUUUUAACAUUCACAGCAAAUGGAACUGUCAGUGAACACAUCGUGUUGACACUUCACAUCGACAAUGGAAAUUAUUUGCGACGCGUUAUUUGGCUGCCGGGAUCGCAAACAAAACUUGCUUUAGUGACAGCUGAAUAUGUGAAGAUUUACGAUCUGGCUGAAGACACGGUGUCGCCAAUCUACAAUUUUGUUGUUCCAUCUGGCGACAUUCGCGAUGUUUGCUUUGUGAAUCAAGAAGGUUCAUAUUUUAUGCUUAUCAUGUCAUCACUUGGAUAUAUUUACACACAACCUUUAACUGAUGAGAGUCUUGCAGCUCAUGGAGCGUUCUACGUCACAAAUACACUCGAACUUGACCAUUCUUACAUUCGAGACGUCAAUGGACAAAUUCUUGGCGGUGGCGUUUCAAUUUAUUACUCGCACACACUUCAAAUUCUCUUCUUUAGCUUCGCUAUGGGAAAGAGUUUCAUGGCGCCGUUAGUUGAUGUCAAUCAAGGUGUUAAAUGCGUCAUAAAUCUUCUGCAUUCAUCGAAAGUUUUCUCGAAAGGAAGCUCAAAUGGAACGCAAUCGCCUUUGUGUCAAUGGAUGGAGAUUCAAGGCCAUCCUGGUCUUGUCUGUUCAAUGAUGCAAAACUCAAACAAUCCCGUGAUCUUCAUGCUGAAACCUGAUGGUUAUUUAGUGCAAGAGAUCAAAGCACAAAAUCCUAAAGCGAAGAUCAUGGACAUGGUCGCGAUACGUCAUCAAGUUAGUGGCGUUGAAAAGACAACUUUGAUUCUUCUUUGCGAAGAUGGAAGUUUAAGAAUUUAUGCAGCAAAUAAUGAGACGACAAAUUAUUGGCUUUCACCGGAAGUUCAACCAAUUGGAAAUUAUUAUAAUUCGGGUAUAAUGAAAGAUCGUGGAAGUGGAAAGAAGAAAAUGAAGAAAAGUUCGGUCGUUAAGCAACAACAGAAAGUUCAACAAUCAAGUUCUUCUGGUGCAAUUGUUCCGUCAUUUCCAAUUGAUUUCUUUGAACAUUGCACAAAUUUAACUGACGUUGAGUUCGGUGGAAAUGAUUUACUUGAAAUUUACAACGUUCAACAAUUGCAACAUCGAUUAAACUCGACUGGACUUUAUGUUGCAUCGACAAGAUUCAAUGGCUUUACGCUUGAAGUUGUUAAUAAAGAUGUCAACAUGGUCAUCACAGGAAUUCGCUUUUUGAUUGGAACUCAAGACGUGUCGCGUGGUCCAACAGCUGUAACAAUUCUUGGACGAAAAAUUCCAACAAUUUGUACACGUUCACGAUGGUUUGCUGUUCCAUUGACACGCGAAGAAAGUUUACAAGCUGAUAAGAAGUUGAAUAUUCAUUUUUCACCAUCACAAGAUGCAGAAUUUGUUACGAUGCUUGAUUCGAUAAAGAUUUAUGGCAAGACAAAAGAUUCGUUUGGAUGGCCUGACGAGAUUUUUGAUGACACAACAAUUGGAGCAACGACGACAACAACAACAACCGCAGCAACCACAUCGCAAGCUUUAAUUUCUCCAAAUGAGACUGAAGAAGCACAAAAUAAUCCAUUUACGAUAACAGCACUUGAUAAGAUGGUGACGAGUGUUUUGGAUGUCAUUGACAAUGGUUUUUAUCUUCUUGGUGGAUCAUCUGUCGAUAUGAGCUUAAAACAACAAGCAAUUGAUGUAACGACGUCGUUGAUUCUUCUUCCAACCCCAGGAAUUGUUCAACAACUAUCACGAUCAGUUCUCGCUAUUCUACAUCCAACUAAAAGUCAAUACCAUCAAUACAAAGAUCGUGAAAUUCUCAACGACAUCAACAAAGAACUUCAAAAUAUGUUGACAGUUUCUAACUUUAAGAACGUCGAUCCCGAAGGUUUUUAUCGUUUGGUGUUAAUGGUACGAAGCAUCGCCAUUCAAAGACCACAACAAUUGACGAAGAUUUGUCAGGAAAAUAAUUAUCCGAUUGUGACAGCGUUGAUGAGUCUUGUCAAAGAACUUCAUCGAAUUUCAUCAAGUUACGAUGAGUCGAUUGUUCAUUAUGGUUUAACACACAAAGAAGCGACAAUUCAAUCACUCAUCGAGAUUCUUUACGCUUUCAUUUACACUGACAGUUCGUUAAUUGAACAAAUGGUGAAGUUUAUGGUUGAACUUUUACUCGAUAAGGAUCCGCAAGUAAGUCACAGUGCUAAACAUGCGAUUAUCAGAUUAUUACGGCCAAAAUUGAAACGACAAAGAAAAGUUUUGAUUGAGUCAACUGUGACACCGCCAAGUUGUCAAACGCCAACACCACAAUCAAUGCCAACAACUCAGAUAAUUGCUGAAGAUGUUGCAAGCGGUGGCAGUGGAAUUCAAGACGUUGAUUUGAUUGAACCUUUGGGUUUGAUUGCCGCUGGUGGAGGCGGUGGAAUUGCUUCUGGUGAGAAUCGUGAGCAACUUGUAGAGUCAUCAUUGGAAGCACUUUUAGGAAUGGCUGGUGGUGGAGGUGCUGCUGGUGCAGUUCGUGAUGUUCAUGGAGAAGCUUUAAUGGAGUUUGCACUUGAGUUGUAUUUACAAGAAUAUGACGGAGACAUUCAAGCAUUUCAAGGUCUCGCUAAUCGAUUGCGUGGUAAUCAAACUUUCCAAGCUGUAGCAGCAGCAGCUGGAAUAGAUUUGGGUGGCGCAGUUGUUGCUCCAAACCAAUCAUCAUCAUCACGUGUUAACAAUUCAGCUGGUGGAUCAGAUGAUGACGAUGAAGCAGCUUCAAAUGCAGCUACUGAUGGUUCUCGUGAAGUUGGCAAUCAAAGACAAAUUUUAACGACAUCACCAAGUGCUGAACAAUUGAUGGACAAUGCUGGUGAUGGUGGUAGUGGAAAUGGUUCUGAUGGAAGUGGCGCUGAGUCCAUUGGUGGCAUUUCAGGAAGAAGUUCAACUUAUGAAGAACAAAUGCCGACAUCGUCAACAAACUCACCACCAAAAGUUUCAUCGUGUGGAAAAUUGGAAGCUGUAAAAGAUGAAGAAGACGUGAUUGCUGAACAAGACUCAUCAAAGUUACAUCAUUUACGGAUUGUCAUUCUCGACACUUUAAUUGAUAAUUUCAGUUCACUUGAGAAUAUUAAUGGACGUCAAGUGAUUCCAUUUAUGCAAGUGAUUCUAAUGUUAACGACAGAUCUUGAUGGAACACAAGAACAUGAAAAGAACAUCAUGACGAAACUUCUUUGUUUAUGUGUUGAGAAGUUAGCAAUGAAUCCACCAACUCAAGCUGUCGAUCUUUCAACACGAUCAGACAAAUCUGAAGUUCAAUUAAUUAUUCUUCGUUUUGUUGGCAUUUUAAUGGGAAAAAUUAAAACUUUGUCAUCAUCAAAAUCAGCUGCAUCAAGCUCGACAGCUUCAACAUCAACAGUUGAAAAUAUUCAAUUUGUCGCAUCAGCAACUGCAAAUCAUCUGAUGAAAAAUGGCGCGAUUGUUUAUUGCUUAACACUUUUGGAAUCUUUUCUUCCUUAUUGGCGUCAAAAUAAUUUAUCAAAUGACGCAAACAAUUCAUCGCAAAGUGGAACAAAUGGCGCAAUUAUCACAUCAUCAGGUGGAGCUGUUACAAAUACACUCUUGAAACCGACAAUUUAUGGACCUGUUCCUGAUAUGCAACCAUUUUUCGCUCGCCAAUACAUCAAAGGCUUAGCUGACAUCUUUGAACUUUAUCCACAAGUGUUGACAGAAAUGGCAGUUCGAUUACCAUACCAAAUUCUUAAAUUGACAAGUUCAAAUCAAUCGCAACAACAGCAGCAACAACAACAACAGCAACAUUCAUAUGAUUCAGCUCACAUGACGUUCACACUUUGCGAGUACAUGAUGCACAUGAAUUCGCCAGUUUUACGUCGUCAAGUGAGAAAACUUUUGCUUUAUAUGUGUGGAAACAAAGAACGUUAUCGAAAGUUGCGCGAUCUUCACUCGUUGAAUGAACAUAUGAAAGCAAUUAUAAAGCUGACAUCUGUCAAUUGUCCUGGAUUGUCUUAUCAGAGUCUUGUAUCGUUGAUUGAUCAUUUGAAGUCAUGUUAUGAGAUUGCUUCAGCUCGUACUGGCAAUUGGCAAAGAUUUUGUCUACUCAACACUGACAUUCUUUCAACACUUUUGAGUUUGAGUUGCCAUCAAUUUGAUCAUGAACAAAUCUCGACGAUUAUUCUUCAACUUCUUCAAGCAGCAGUUGUCUGUGUCAAUCCAACGUCGACGACGCCAUCACAGCCGACAAUUCAGGAACCUUCAAUGACAGGAACACAAGUCAAACAAUCGUCAAAGGAUCGAAAAGAUCGAGACAAAAGCGAAGAAAUGGAUAGUUCAGGAAAUGAAUCAAAGUUUGAUCCAGCAAAUUGCAAUUUAUUGGUUCAACAAAUCUUCAAUCAAGUUCACAUUUCAAAUCUUACACUUUUCAUUAAAACCUUUUUAUUGGAAACAAAUGCAAUUAACAUUCGUUGGUUGGCUCAUGGAUUGAUUUAUGCUUUUUAUGAUAACAGUAAUGAAGCGAAUAAAAGUAAACUUCUUCAAUCGCUGUGGGGUUUGUGGCCAUUACUUCCUGCUUAUGGCAAGCGCGCACCACAAUUUGUCGAUCUAAUUGGAUUCUUCACAUUAAACACAAAGUCAGCUGUUCAUACUUUGCCGGAUAAGAUCACGAAAGCUGUUAAAGUUUUAAGAGAACAAAAUGAACUUGUUGCCAAACAUCCAUCAGCUGCUUUGUACACUGUCUUGAAUCAAGUGUUGGAACUUGAUGGAUUCUACUUAGAAUCCGAACCUUGCCUCGUAUGCAACAACAUCGAUCAAUCGAUGUCAAUAAUUAAACUCACAUCAAUCAAAAUGGACUCAAAAUUCACCAUGAAUUGUAACAUCGUUAAACUGGUGAACUCGCAUGUCAUUUCAAAAAUCAUUCUUCGAAUUGGUGACUUGAAGAGAACAAAAAUGGUUCGAACAAUUAACAUUUAUUAUAAUAGCAGAAAUGUUCAAGCUGUUGUUGAGUUGAAAAAUCGUCCAUCAAUGUGGCAUAAAGCAAAAACAGUAACAUUGCAAUCAGGACAAACUGAUGUGAAAAUUGAACUUUCAUUGCCAAUAACGGCGUCAAAUUUGAUGUUUGAGUAUGAUGACUUUUAUGAAACUGUCACAAGUAUGCCGGAGAGCUUACAAUGUCCACGAUGUAGUGCGACAGUGCCAGCUAAUCCUGGAGUUUGUAACAAUUGUGGUGAACAUGUUUUCCAAUGUCACAAAUGUCGCGCAAUUCAUUACGACGAAAAAGAUCCAUUUUUGUGUCAUUCAUGUGGAUUUUGUAAGUAUGCAAAGUUUGACUACAGCAUUUAUGGUCGUCCAACAUGCGCCGUUGAUCCUGUUGAAUCUGAUGAUGAUCGCUCGAAAACUGUUCAAACAAUCAACAACUUACUGGAGAAAGCUGACAAGUCUUAUCGUGAAAUUGUCAAUGUCCGUCAAUCUUUAGAACUUUUGAUUCCGAAAAUUGCUGAGGGAAGUGGAUCAAGCACGGAUUUGAUUGUUGGAAAUGUUUCCAAUUCACUUCACAUCAAUAAGAUUGUUCAACAAAUGGAGAAGAAAUAUUGCAAUGAAGGACGAACUCACUUUGAUGAUUUAACUAAAAUUGUCCAAAAAAUUCAAGCUUGUCGUCGUGAAUUGGUUGCAUAUGAUCGAAGUCAAAUGGAUCCAUCAUCAGCUCCAAUGACGCCAACUAUUCCUACCAUUGAUGCUAAUGAUUCGAUAGCUCAUAGCAAAUGUUAUGGUUGUGCAUUGUCAUCGAUCGAACAAACAUUGUCGUUAUUGAAAGGAAUGGCAACACAAAUGCAAUGUCGUGAGUUGUUGUGUCAAGAAGGAUUGAUUGAAGAACUUGCAUUUAACAGCUUAAGAAAUGGAACUGAUCAAAAGAUUCAAGAAGAAGUUCGAUCUUUACUUUGCCUUCUUACUCGUGAUCUUCCAGAACCAACAGAAAAGUUAUGCAACGUUUUAACGCAGAGAGUGAUAACAGCUUUGGAUGGCAGCGUGUCAUUUGUGAAUCUCGAUCAAGCUGUUCGUCAUGAAAUGGCUUUGUUGGAAGCAAUGGCAUUGCAAGAAGAUUCAUGUUGGCAGAUGAAAUUAAAACCAAUCAUCAAUUUAUUCCUGAGAGCGAGUAAAGACGUUCGUGGACCUGCAACAGCAGUCAUUCAACCGUGCUUGCGUGUUAUUCACUUCAUGUGCAAUCCACCAGCACCAACCAGUAAAACGAACAAAGGAAAGACAUCAGCUGAACUCAGCACAAUUAAAAUAUCCGAUGGAAUUUCUAUCAAUCCUAAUAAAUGGUUGGAAGGUGAUCCAAAUCAUUCAUUUGAAGCUUGGAAAGCUCGUCAAUCUCCGAAUGUUUCAACUUCAUUACCAAUUGACGCAACAAAACCAAAACCAGACACUUUCAUUGCUGUGAUGGAAGAAAAACGUCAACAGACACGAAACAUUUAUUUAAUGGAGAAAUUCGGUCAUCGCUGGCAUUUGAAAACAAUCAAGAAACGAGUAAAGAGUCAACCACUGAAAUUGAUUCCAAGUUAUUUGCCAAGCAUUUUGUUCCAUUCAACAUCGCGACUUGUUCGUUUCAAUGCUUGUGCUCUUGUCACAUCUUGGAUGACAACACAUGAACGUAAACUUCAUUUAUUGAAUUUGCUUACAUGCUUCUUGAAGUACAUUGGCGAAGCUGGUGAAGCAAGUGCUGAAUUUAUUGAUCUUUACAAGCAAUUAGCGCAGGAACCACCUUAUCGUCAGUAUUUGGCUUUGAAUCACGUCAUCACUGAUAUUGCUGAUCUCUUGAAUUUUGAGUUCGAGAAGAUUUACAAGCUUGAAGAAACGACAUCAUUAUCAACUGAUUUGGGACAAGGAUAUGCUUUGAAGCAGUACGUCGAUCUUAUUUCAAUGUUCUUAGACAAUCCGCAAAUACGAAAAGCUUUCAAAGGUCUUGUCUUGCAAAGCAUCAUUCAAAGUUACCUGAAUUUAAGGAAAUUGGUGGUGCAACGAACGUGCAUGAUUGAUGAAGCGCAGAAGAGUUUGAUGAACUUAUUGGAAGAGUUGACGAGUGGAACAGAAGAAGAAACUGCUGCUUUUAUGGCAAUUUGCAUUGACAUUGUUCGUAAUACUCCGGCAAAUGAAUUAAAGACGCCUUUGUUCAUGUUUGAACGUUUAUGUUCAACAAUUCAUUCAGAAGAUUCAGACAUUGAUGAGUUCUUCUUGAAUCUUGAGAAAGAUCAGCUGCAAGAAGAAUUUAUACAAGGAAGAAUGCUUGGUAAUCCUUAUCCAUCGUCAGAAGCUGGUCUCGGCCCAUUAAUGCGUGAUGUGAAGAAUAAAAUUUGCUUCGAUUGUGAAAUUAUGGCGAUGCUGGAAGAUGACAAUGGAAUGGAACUUUUAGUUCAUAAUAAGAUCAUCAGUCUCGAUUUGCCAGUUAAGGAAGUUUACAAGAAGGUUUGGUUAGCUGGUGGUGGUGAACGUGACACAAUGAGAAUCAUUUAUCGAAUUCGAGGAUUGUCUGGUGAUGCGACAGAAGAAUUUGUUGAAAGCUUGAAGCAAACAAGUGCACAAGAAGAAGAUAAUGAACAAACUUAUCGAAUGGUUAAUGUUGUUGCUGACUGUGGUGGACUUAAAGUCAUGUUAGAUCGAAUGGGUUAUCUUCAAAAUGUGAGCAAAUCGAAACAAUUCCUUCAAACACUUCUUAAACUAUUUCUCAUGUGCGUGAAAGUGAAGAAAUGUCGCGAAGAAUUUUGUCAACCAGAACUUGGUGCAAUUUCUACUUUAUUGAAGGUUCUUCAUCUUUGUCUUCAACAUCAAGUACAAGAAAAUGAUCCACAAAUGUCGACAGUAACUGAACAACUUUUGGAGAUUAUGGAAACGAUUUUGGCAAAAGCAGCUUCCGAUUCUUUGGACUCCUUCUUGCAAUUCUCAUUGACUUUUGGUGGUCCCGAGUAUAUUGAAGCUCUUUUGUCAUGUACAAAUCAUGCUAAUGUCAGAAACAAUCCUCACGUUCUUCGUUGCUUAAUUAGAGUUGUUGCAGCGCUUGUUUAUGGAAAUGACAUCAAAAUGGCUUUAUUAUGUGAUCAUUUUAAGUCUUGCUUCGAUUUUGAGAAAUUUGAUGUUGAGCGAACAGCUGAAGAAGAAUUUCAACUUGAAUUGUUUUGCAUUCUUUGUUCAGCCAUUGAACGUAAUUCAAUUGGAGGAAUUUUAAAAGAUUACAUCAUGGGAUUGGGAAUUGUCGAUAAAGCAGUCGAUUACAUUGUCAAAUAUGCGCCAUCAAAUCGUUUGAUCCUUCUUCCUUUCGCUUCAUCAUUGGACUCAGAUGAACUCAAAUUAUUCAUCUCCAAACCUUCUCUCAAAUAUAUUCUUCAAUUCUUAAGUGGGUUAGCUUCGAAACAUGAGAAAACGCAGCUUGUUGUUGCUAAGGAUCUUAUCCCAAUCGUUCAUCAACUUGAACAAGUUUCAUCUGAUGAACAUGUUGGAAGUUUAGCGGAAAACCUUCUCGAAGCUUUAAGUUCAGAACCAGCCACAGCAAAAACGGUUCAAGAAUAUCGCGAUUCAACACGUGCGGAAAAGAAACGUUUAGCAAUGGCAACACGUGAGAAACAGUUAAACGCUAUGGGGAUGAGAACAAAUGAAAAAGGUCAAGUAACAGCUAAGGAACAAGUUCUUCAAGAAAUGGAUAAAUUGGCUGAAGAAACUGGAUUGACUUGCUUUAUUUGUCGUGAAGGCUACGCAUGUCAACCAAACCGUGUCAUUGGAAUUUACACCUUUACAAAACGUUGUCCUUUAGAGGAAUAUGAACAAAAAUCAAGGAAAACUAUGGGAUAUACUUCUGUCACUCAUUUUAACGUUGUUCACGUCGAUUGUCACAUGAGUGCAAUUCGAAUGUCACGAGGUCGUGAUGAAUGGGAAAGUGCAAGUCUUCAAAAUGCAAACACAAAAUGUAAUGGACUUUUGCCAUUAUGGGGUCCUGAUGUCAGUGAAACAGCAUUUUCAGCCUGCAUGGGACGUCAUAAUGGAUACAUGCAAGAUAGCACACAACGCAUUGAAAUUACAUUUACAAGUGGAAUUCAUGAUUUGAAGUUGCUUUUGUUGAGAUUUGCUCAUGAAAAAACCUUCCACGAUGACUGUGGUGGCGGUGGCCCACAAUCUAACAUGCAUCUUGUUCCUUACUUGAUGUUCUUUGCGCUUUAUCUCUCACUUUCAACUCGAUCGUACAUCAGAGAAGAGAAGAGUUUGACAGCUUUUUUGAAUCAGCCAUUGUCAGAAAAAUGGUUUGAGUCGUCUUACGAAGUUGAUGGACCGACAUAUCAAAUUGUCCUUAGCAUUGUUCUCCAUACACCAGAAAUGUGGACAAGGAAUAAAAUUAAAUUUCUUAAGCGUUUAUUGGUUACUUACCACAUUCGUCAUUUGUAUCCGUCGUCAACAUGUAAAGCAUUGAAUGGAGUUGGUGACAAAGAUGUGAAGGAAUAUGGAAUCUACAAACCAGGAUUGAUGCUAUUUGCACUUGUUGAGAUAAUUUAUCAACAAUAUUUCUCUAAAGUUGUUAAUCCAAAAGAUGAAGAUUGGCCAGUUUCGUUAUUUGGAUUUAUUAGAAAAAACGACGAAGCGAUGAUGAAAUCAGCAGUUUCAACUUUGGAAAACUUCCGAGAAGAGUUUUUGCCAUGCACUUCAUUUGCUGAAUUUUGUGAUGUUGCUGGACUUCUCGGUGAGAUUGAAGAUCCUGAUGGCUUCCUUGCUGAACUUUUGCAGUCUUUGCCAGGAUCAGGUGGAAAAUAAAAUAAAUUUGCUUAUAUUAAUGAUGGAACUGGAAUGAUGACAUGAAGAUGGUAUUAAAAGAAAAGAAGAAAUUAUUUGAUAGCUUGGAUUGGAUGAGAUGAAAAUUUUCAAAUUUAAUUAAUCAAGUUAUGAUGAAAAAUAUUUAAUCAAUUUGUGUUGCAAAAUUAAAAAUAUGAAAAAUAAAUAAAAAAUAAUGGCUUAAAAU